GUGCGACGUGGAUCAGGUCCAGAUUCUCAGUGCAUGAGCUCCCUGAUUAAGUCACAAGAGGAAUUCCCCGACAGUGCGUUCUCAGCCAGUAGUACACUGGAAGACCGGAUUGAAUUCCAACCAUAUCAAGCCCGAUUAACAGAUGUUUACGGGAGCAAAGAGCACACAAGUGGACAUGCUUGGUGCCCGAAUACUCCGAUCGAGGAAUCGCUGCGUGAAUGGAUCCAAGCGGAAUUCACCGAUCUGGUCAUGAUCGGGGCGAUUUUCACCGCGGGCCGUGGAGAUGGCAACGUCAAAGAGUUCAUGCCCAAUUUUGUGCUAAAGUAUCAACGAGAAGACAACGGACCAUGGUUUGAACAUGUGAAACGGGAUGGGACACGGGUACUCAGAGCAAACAGUGACCCUCGAAAUCUGGCUCGAGCCACCCUGGACUCGAUGGUAAUCGCCAAACGGAUCCGAAUCUACCCUUACAGCCGUGACGGUAAACAACAAGUUUGCCUUCGAUUUGCCCUGUUUGGUUGCAAGUUUCCCGAUGGUGUUGUCUCGUACAGCAUGCCUCAAGGCGGUGACCGUUCUUAUGCUUCCAAUCCCACCUCCUUGGGUAAUCCGAUAGGCUCGUCCUCGGCGAAUUUCAGGGACCUGUCCUAUGAUGGUCAGCUGAUUGGCACCAAUGACCAUCUGACCGAGGGGAUGGGUCAGCUUAUGGACAAUGUGGCCUAUUUAGGUAACGUGACCACUCCAUUAGCCAUGUACCCGUCUCAACCGGGAUUCCACUUUGUGGGCUGGUACCAGCACGGUCAGACAGAUGUGCCGAUCAUCUUCAAAUUCGACACCGUGCGAACCUUCACUUGGGUCCGAUUAUUCACGUUCGAUUCGAUCCCGCUUCGAGCUCGGUUAUUCUCCCGCGUUGUGGUCGCCUUCAGUCUGGACGGUCAAACUUACAACCAUUCAGUCGAGGUGUUCACCGGUCGAGCACAGCUGUUCGAUCCGCGCACGGCGGCAUUCGCUCGUACACGACGUGCCGGUGACGGGGUGGAUCGGUUUGCCAAACGGACUCGGGCAGCCGCAGCUGCGCAGUCGCAAGGUGAUCCACUGAUCUAUGUGGACCAGGAUUGGGACGGUGCUCUCGUUCUGGAAGCGGAUUUAGGCGGACGUGUGGGUCGGUUUGUUCGGCUCUCACUCACGGCCACAGACGGCUGGAUUUUGUUGUCCGAAGUGCAGUUUAACUCAUCCAUUGCCAAACAAGAAAAGAUUUCAUUGCCUGCGGCCGCCGCAGAUGCCCUUGUCCCGGGAACCGAAUUGCGUGCUGAGACCGGACUUGGUGAUUUGUCUUCACCCGGCGGGGAUUCCGGUUCUGAUGAAUCCAGUGACCGAUCGCAUUCUUCCGUUGCUGGUAAACAAUCAGCUGAUCUUGCAGAUGGUGGCGAUUUGGCUAUUGCAGAUGAACUUCCAUCUUCAGUCUCAUCUUCCGCCGGAUCGUCUUCCUCUUCCUCCUUUUCAUCCAAUCGAGAUCCGGAGGAGGCAGGUGCACUAGAACUCUCAUCACGUNCAUCACGUGGCCUGUUCACCAGUCCUCUUCCAUUCAUCAUCGCUAUUGCGGUGUUACUAUUCCUCUUGUCCACCGUUGUCUUGAUUUGGCUAUGCACUAGACGACACCAGAAGCGCAGUCAACUUCGAUUGCAUCGGAAAGGUCUGAUUGGUUCGGAUUCGACCAAGCAAUCCGGAUUUCAUCCGAUCACCGUCACCGGUGGGGUUGGCGGAAUGCAUCACCUUUCCGGAUUGAAUGAUUUACCCGGAGUCUUUGGUGGCGGCGGCGGUUGUGGUGGUGGCGGUAAUCACGAAGCUACCAAAUUGUUGAGCAGUCCACCUUAUCCGGGUCUGACUCCCGCAACUACCACGACCACCAGUCUAGGUCAAUGUGCUCCACUGGCGAAUGGAGCUCACCCGUCUGCGCAUUUGAACGAUCCGAAUCCGGUCAUGAAUGGCACGGUUGUUAAUCUCGGUUUGCCUUAUCCGGGCCGUCCUGCCGGAUCCGGCGUGAUAUUGCCAUGCAGUCCGAGCUCAAGCUGUUCGAGUCACACCAGUGUUAUCGAUCCGAUGACCACAGUGGGAUGUGCACUGACAGCCGUGUCCACUAUUGCAUCACCCGUGCAGCAACCACCAAGCACUAGCAUGGAAAUGCCAAAUAUCUAUGCUGGCACGGAUAUAAGUUGUAUGACUGGCGGUUCCAGGUCGUCACAAAUACCAAUCGGCUAUACGCCUGCUUUCAUCGCACUACCCACGAACAAUCCAGUCGGUGGUUUUGUCCUACAGCCGAUCCAUUUUAGUCCGACCGGACCACUAAGUCCAGUCCAUCUGGGUACACCAGAUACAGGAAGUCUUUAUACCAGUAUACGCCUGAGUGCUACACAAACACCCCUGGUAAAAAGUUCAGCCACUUCGAUGGGACCGUCGGAAAAUGAGAUGACUCCCCCUAGACCAAAUCGAACCGAUAGUAAACCAUCGAAUAGAGAUGCUAAUUGGGGGAGAGCGAAUGGUCGUCGUAUUGGCGGUUUGCACGGCAGUGAGGAUACUGAUGACGAUGUAACCGAUUUGCACGACGACUCAGCCCCAGCAGCCAUCGAAUCAGAGAACGCAAAUCAGCACCAGGAGUCGUCAGUCACUGAAAAUGGAGAAGACAGUCGGGAUGAUAUUUGUCAGACGUGCAUUGCACAAAAUCAAACACCGGGCAUGGAGUCCACAUUUGUGCCUAACUCGACCGAAUUGAAUCCACGAUAUAGUGGCCCGGAAUACGCGAGUGCCUCCCUGUUUGGUUUCACUCCACCACCCUCGGACGCUCCAUGCUCGUCCGCUCCACCCACAUGUACAGAAACCAUGCCAGCCACGCAUUAUCGACCGUCCAUCCCAAACUAUACCGUGUCAUUUGCUAGACCCGGUCAACCUGGUCCGGGGACUGUGUAUGCCGGUCCGGCUUCCUUGCCUGUGACUGUGGCCACUCUACGCCGAGCCGCAUCCGGGCAACAUAACACCCCAAACGCAGCCCAACGGUUCCAACCGACCCAGGCGGCCGGAGUUCUAUUUCUCACUCCACACUCGGCCGUGACUAGUCCACGGCGAACUGAAGAUGCUGUGGCUGCAGUCACAGCUGCAAAUGCGGCUGGUCUGUAUCAGACAACGGCCAACGGAUUCGCUACCGGUGACUUUGGUGCAUCGUACAACAUUUAUCAACCGAUUCGACCCGGCCUCCCCGAAGAACUGAUGCAACAGCGUGCGGAUGGACAAAGAACGACCCUUAACGCACCACAAGAGACCUGGAUUUUUUCCACACACCCAGACGAUAUGAAUCCUGGUCGAGGACCAAUCGGGGCCGGAUCUGGUGGUGGCCUGUUUAAUCCGGGACCGAUUCAACUAGUUCCGACGAACGGUUUGAUGGAUCUGUCCCAUCAGCAUAGUCCAAAUGUUUCCCCACAACACUAUUACCCAGCACCUUUGAUUUUCCCUUCAGUCCCACCACUACCCAGUCGACCUCCGAUGGAUGCCACUAUCCGAGCUGGUGCGCAACUCGAUCAUCAGGCUUUUGCCCGAGGUAGUCCUGUCGGUGCGAAUGCUUCGACCGCGGUGACCGCGGGCAAUCUGGUUGGCAGUUAUGUUCAACCAAAUUCAGAAAUCUCCAAUCGGGACGGGGCUAGUUCCAGUCGACUAUCUAUCUACUCCGUCUGUAUUUGA